GCCUGCCUGCAGCAGGAGGGCACUGGGGAUGGCGAUGCGACGGGGAGGCGCUUCCCCUGCCCUCUGGCCAUGUGGGAGCUGGGACACUGUGACCCCAAGAAAUGCACGGGCCGGAAACUGGCCCGCCACGGCCUGCUCCGAGCCCUGCGGCUCAGCCAGAGGUUCCCGGGGCUCGUCCUCAGCCCCGUGGCUACUCAGUACGUCUCUGCCGCCGACAGACAGGUUGUAGCUCAGAAAGGAGUUGCAGUCAUAGAUUGUUCAUGGGCCAAAUUGGAAGAAACGCCAUUUAGUAAAAUGAAGGGAAGCUGUCUCCGACUGUUGCCUUACUUGGUGGCAGCGAAUCCUGUAAAUUAUGGGCGUCCUUGCAAGCUGUCCUGUGUGGAAGCCUUGGCUGCUACUUUCUGCAUUGUUGGGUUCUCUGAUCUAGCCAUCAUUCUCUUGCGAAAGUUUAAAUGGGGAAAGGUGUUUCUUGAAUUGAACAAACAUCUCUUGGAUAAAUAUGCGGCCUGCCAUUGUCAGGAGGAGGUACUGAGAGUUGAACAGGAAUUUUUAGCAAGUGCCCAAGAAAGAGAAACUGAAGAUAUAGAUCCAUUUGAUGUUGACUCAGGAAAAGAAUUUUCCAAUCCUAACAGACCAGUCUGCUCCACAGGAAUGGCACGUGAUGAAGAAUCUGUUGAAGAGGAUAGCAGUGACGAUGAUGAUAGUUCAGAAGAGGACAGUGAAGAGCUUGCUGCACAAACAUCCAAUAAACAAGUUAUUUGGAAGGGAGUUAAAAAAAGACUAAGAGAUUAAGGAGUUUAUAAAGUGAGUUUUGAAAACUUGUACAAUGAAAUCCUGCAUGUAAUUUAAAAUAAAAUGAAUUUAAAUGUUA